GGACGCACAUGCUAAUGACGUCCAUCCCUGGACGCUAUUUUGGAUAGCAUCCAUCCACCAUCUGGUUGGGUCGAGCCUGCUCGCGGUCGCUGCAUCCAUCUCGUGCCUGUUGCCCACCUUCAUCUCCUCUCCUACCACGGCCGCCCUUUGACCUCCGGCAAAUCCCCGCCGCCCACCUUGCUCAGACCGCCUCCGCCUCGUCCCCCACCUCCUCACGACCGCCUCGGCCUCCGCCUUGUCCCCCACCUCGUCACGACCGCCCCGACCUCUGGCUCAUCCCUGAGGCCCACAUCCUCACGGCUGGCCCCGACCUCCUCUGGGCCAAAGGGGGUGGGCGGAGGACGCCGUUGUGGCGGCAUCAGCAAGUUGGCCAGAGGUGUUCGUCCCUCGCCCUUAUCUCCAUUGCUUCUUUGUACCCGUCCCUACCAUUGGUAGCAGUGUGGAUCUUCCCAGGGUGCUACACUGUAAUUUGUCGCCAUAGAAGGGUCUUGAAAUGGAUACAAAUGGAUGUUUCAGUGAUUUGUUAUAGAUGCCUCACAGCCAACACAAAAUAUCCAAAACUUGGGAAAAUCCUAACAUUUGCUUGAAUGUACGGUGUCACCAUGUUGGCAUCCCAUUUGACCCCCUAUGUACAUCAGCUUUAGAGAACCUUGGUUUUUAUCAGAUUGCUAAGAUGAGGAAAAUCAAUGUCGACAAAUAUUUGAUACCGGCAUUGGUGGAGCGUUGGCGGCCCGAGACAAACAGUUUUCACCUACCUGUAGGAGAAAUGACUAUUACGUUGCAAGAUGUCAGUUGUUUGCGGGGGUUACCUAUCCAUGGUAAACCACUUGUUGGAAAAGUUGAUACACAUUGGUCAGAAAUAGUUGAGAGGUUGCUUGGGAUUCCUGUGGAUGAACAACACAUGAAACAAAAGAAAAGGCGAAAAGGUGAUGAUAAUACUGUUGUGAGGAAUUCACAAUACUCUCUAAAUCUGGGUAAACCGCGGGAACGCUUUCAUGUGUUGCCGGAUAAUCCAAUGGACCGGGAGAUUAAUUGGCAUGCUCGAGCACUUGUUCUAGAAAUCCUUGGCUCCGUAGUCUUUACUGAUACAUCUGAAGAUGGAGUGCCAGCUACGUAUCUCCAAUUUAUGCAGGAUUUAGGACAACCAACAGAGUAUAAUUGGGGAGCAGCUGCUCUUGCUCUAUUGUAUAGAGAAUUGAGCAUAGGUGCUGAGAAAGAGAGACUAGAAAUUUCAGGUCCUUUAUUGCUGCUACAGUUAUGGUCUUGGUCCCGUUUGCACUUGGUCGCCCUAAAGUUAUUUUUGAGAAGCCCAAAGAAGGAGAGGAGCUUGAUGAAGACGAAGAAGAACAAGAAGUACACUUGGAUUAUAACCUUGUUUUUGGAGCAAAGUGGUGUGCUGCACAUGCGUUUGAUGUCCCUCAUAAUGCUGGCAUUGUAUUCUCCUCGCCAAACUUAGUCCGAUCUAAGGGGUAGGCCAACCUCUUAAUUGGACGUUGCUUGCCUUAGCGUCCAGGCCUGGACGCUGUCUACAAUAGCAUAUCACGUGAAAAUGGGCACCAAACUGACGGUUUGGCAUUAAUUAUUUUCCUAGCCGUACGUCGUCGUGUGCCGACGGCCAUUUCGAGCCACCAUCACCAAAAGGACCCUUUGUAGCUAUGGC